UCCUUCUUCUUAACAUAGGAAGUGCUUUUUCACAGUAUCUAAACGUACUAUUCCUCAUAGAGUACUCACAGAAGAGAAUACUGUCACCUUGUUCUUGCUGUUGGAAGCGUUUCUCUAAAAUAAAUCACCUAAAAUCUUUUGGAAAGAGAUUACAUGCUUUGGAGACAGUCAGAUACUGUACAGGAGAGACUAUAGACUAUAAAUCACUCACUGACUAACAAGCUCCUUAAGAGCAGAUGGUAUUCACUCGAAUGGAUACGGUUUGUUGAGAAAAGAGCAUGGUACAGGAAGCCAAGAGCCGAGGGUACCAGGAGCAGCGUUCAGCGGCAGAUCAACAAUCUACACCAGGAUCUGAAACAGAUGAUGUCAAACUACCCCCUCCCCUUUGGUAUUUGUCUAUGAACCAGCAAAUGACUCCAAUAAAACAGAACUUUCAAAUACUCUGUGAGGAAAUGGGGAGGGCUUACAUAGAACCCAAAUAAGGACAAGGGGAGGGGAUUGGAAGAUGAAGUCAUGAUAAACCGAUCAUUGAACAAUUAUGUAAAAUGUGUACCUCCUUCAUUAAGGUCAUGAAUAAAAACAUAAAAGGGCCUGGAGAAUUCUGUAACAUGUGAUCAAUCAAUGACUCGAGAAGAGCAGUGAUCUGAUUCUUGGCUACUGGAUCCUCCUGGAACCCAACGCUGUCUGUACAGCUGAUUGACUCCUUCGAAUAAACUUCCAUUAUAGGCAUCUGAGAGAGGUAGACACGGUCGUCGGUGAGACUGGAAAUCACCUGGCACUGGUAAUCACCUGGCACUGGAAAUCACCUGGCACUGGAAAUCACCUGGCACUGGUAAUCACCUGGCACUGCUGGUUUUCUUCAGAAACACCGAGAACACUCAGUAGGUGGCGGUAAUGCACCUUAAAAGAUUGUGUCAACUAACAGAAGAAGAACCAUCUUGUUCGUUCCAGUUCCAGCACUUCAUUUGUGUUUUUAAUAACAUUUCGUAAAACUAGAACAAAAGUAUCGCUUAAAUGAUGGAGGAGAAACCCAACCUGCUGCUCUCCUUCCACACUGAGGUCAAACAAGAACCACUAGAUGCUGAUUGUGACAGUAAUGCUCAGUGUUCAUUGGUGGAUUCAGUGAUGACAUCGGUGAAGCAGGAAGACUGUAGUCAAGUGCUGGGACUGAAUAAUAUAAAAUGUGAAGAGGAGGAGAAGAUGAUUGGGGAUUUAACUAAUCAACAUGAGAUUGCUGAAGUGGAUAUAUUUCCUACACCUGGAGAGAAACAAAAGGAAGAUAAGAAGUCUCACCGCUGUCGAUCACAUGACCUAAAACUUCACCAGCGCAUACAUACAGGAGAGAAGCCUUACUCCUGUUCUGACUGUGGGAAGUAUUUCUCUAAUGUACGUACCCUAAAACUUCACCAGAACAUACAUACUGGAGAGAAGCCUUACUCUUGUUCAGACUGUGGGAAGAGUUUCUCUCGAUUAUAUAGCCUUAAAGUUCACGAGCGCAUACAUACAGGAGAGAAGCCUUACUCCUGUUCUGACUGUGGGAAGGGUUUCUCUCAAUUAAAUAACCUAAAACUUCACCAGCACAUGCAUACUGGAGAGAAACCUUACUCCUGUUCUGACUGUGGGAAGUAUUUCUCUCAUUUACGUAACCUAAAAAUUCACCAGCGCAUACAUACUGGAGAGAAGCCUUACUCUUGUUCAGACUGUGGGAAGUGUUUCUCUCAAUUUUCUCAACUUACAUGUCACCAGCGCAUACAUACAGGAGAGAAGCCUUACUCCUGUUCUGACUGUGGGAAGUGUUUCUAUCGAUCACAUGACCUAAAACUUCACCAGUGCAUACAUACAGGAGAGAAGCCUUACUCCUGUUCUGACUGUGGGAAGAGUUUCUCUCAGUCAAAUAACCUAAAACGUCACCAGCGCAUACAUACAGGAGAGAAGCCUUACUCUUGUUCAGACUGUGGGAAGUAUUUCUCUCAAUUAAAUAUCCUAAAACAUCACCAGUACAUACAUACAGGAGAGAAGCCUUACUCCUGUUCUGACUGUGGGAAGGGUUUCUCGCAAUUAUCUCAACUUACACGUCACCAGCGCACACAUACAGGAGAGAAGCCUUGCUUCUGUUCUGACUGUGGGAAUUUUUUCCCAGAUUCUGGUACCCUGAAAAUUCAUCAGCGAAUACAUACUCAAGAAAAACCUUACUCCUGUUCUAAUUGUGGGAAGGGUUUCUCUCGAUUAGACAGCCUUAAAGUUCAUGAGCGCAUACAUACAGGAGAGAAGCCUUACUCUUGUACUGACUGUGGGAAUAGUUUCUCUGAAUUAGGUAGCCUUAAUGCUCACCAGCGCAUACAUACAGGAGAGAAGCCUUUCUCCUGUACUGACUGUGGGAAACGUUUCAAACGUCUAGCUUCCCUUAAAACACAUCACCGGAUACAUACUGGAGAAUAAUCCUUCUUCUUAACAUAGCAAGUGCUUUUUCACAGUAUCUAAACGUACUAUUCCUCAUAGAGUACUCACAGAAGAGAAUACUGUCACCUUGUUCUUGCUGUUGGAAGCGUUUCUCUAAAAUAAAUCACCUAAAAUCUUUUGGAAAGAGAUUACAUGCUUUGGAGACAGUCAGAUACUGUACAGGAGAGACUAUAAACUAUAAAUCACUCACUGACUAACAAGCUCCUUAAGAGCAGAUGGUAUUCACUCGAAUGGAUACGGUUUGUUGAGAAAAGAGCAUGGUACAGGAAGCCAAGAGCCGAGGGUACCAGGAGCAGCGUUCAGCGGCAGAUCAACAAUCUACACCAGGACCUGAAACAGAUGAUGUCAAACUACCCCCCUCCCCCUUGGUAUUUGUCUAUGAACCAGCAAAUGACUCCAAUAAAACAGAACUUUCAAAUGCUCUGUGAGGAAAUGGGGAGGGCUUACAUAGAACCCAAAUAAGGACAAGGGGAGGGGAUUGGAAGAUGAAGUCAUGAUAAACCGAUCAUUGAACAAUUAUGUAAAAUGUGUACCUCCUUCAUUAAGGUCAUGAAUAAAACAUUAUAAGAGGGCCUGGAGAAUUCCGUAACAUGUGAUCAAUCAAUGACUCAAGAAGAGCAGUGAUCUGAUUCUUGGCUACUGGAUCCUCCUGGAACCCAACGCUGUCUGUGCUGCUGAUUGACUACUUUGAAUAAACAGGGAGGACAAACCCAGCCUGCUGCUCUCCUUCCACACUGAACCCAAACAAGAGUCACUGGAUUCUGAUUGUGGCAGUGGAGCUCAG